AGGUGAUUCGUCGUUUUCGCAGAGAUAUUUGAAAACAUUUUGAAUGGCCGCGUGUCCGGCUUUGGUGACAUUCUGCAGCACCUUUACGCACUCUUUGCGUGCGUUUAUCAGACGGGCGUAGAUCGGUGCGGUCCGCUCUGCCCGAAUAACGGAUUUUUUUCUCUGCAUCGAGACAAUUGAAUGGAUUUUCAGGUACAACUCAGAGAUACUUUACUGAAACUGGGGACAUAAAACAUAUUUUCGAACAACUCUUUUUGUUGGGGUGAAACUCGCUCAUGCGCAUAAAUGCUUUCCCCUUCUUUUGAACCGUUUUGAUAUUUCCCUACGCAAUGCGUUUACCCCGUCAUAUUUAAAUUUACCCCCGGCCAACUUGUUCUCGAUUUAAUUUUGCUGUUUUUUUUUUUUUUUUUGUUAAAUUUUUGUCACCGAGACUUCAACAAGCUGCUGGGGAAGAUGAACCUGUAUAUUCUCAGCCUUCUCCUCACUUUGGAUUUAGCCACGGUGGCGCUCAGUUUGUCCACAUGCAGCACUCUGGACAUGGAUCAGUUCAUGAAGAAGCGCAUCGAGGCCAUCCGGGGGCAGAUCCUGAGCAAACUGAAGCUCACCAGCCCCCCGGAGGACUUCCCCGAGCCCGACGAGGUGUCCCGGGACAUCAUCGCCAUCUACAACAGCACCCGGGACCUGCUGCAGGAGAAGGCGAACGAGCGGGCGGCGACGUGCGAGCGGCAGCGCAGCGAGGAGGAGUAUUACGCCAAGGAGGUGCAUAAGAUCGACAUGCAGCCCUCCAACCCAUCUGAGAAUGUCAUCAACCCUACCCAGUACAACCCGUACUUCAGGCGGCUGACGUUCGACGUGUCCUCCAUGGAGAAGAACGCCUCAAACCUGGUGAAGGCAGAGCUCAGGAUCUUCCGUCUCCAAAACACCAAGGCCCAAGUGUCUGAGCAGCGCAUUGAGCUCUACCAGAUUUUGGGACACAAAGACCUGACGUCCCCAACACAGCGCUAUAUUGACAGCAAGGUGGUGCAAACCCAGACAGAAGGGGAGUGGCUGUCGUUUGAUGUCACGGAGGCGGUCAGCGAAUGGCUGAAUCACAGAGACAGAAACAGCGGAUUUAAGAUCAGCUUGCACUGUCCAUGCUGCACGUUCGUACCAUCAAACAACUACAUUAUUCCCAACAAGAGUGAGGAGCUGGAGGCACGAUUUGCAGGUAUUGAUGACAGCUUUAUCCAUGGUGGGCAAGUGAAGAUGUUUAAUAAGCGGAUACACAGCGCUCAGGCUCCACACCUGCUCCUCAUGCUGCUGCCUUCAUACCGGCUGGAGUCCCAGUCGCAGUCCCAGCACAAGAGCCACCGAUCCAAGAGAGCCCUGGACGCUGCCUAUUGCUCCAGAAAUGUCCAGGACAACUGCUGCUUACGAUCGCUCUACAUCGAUUUCAAGAAGGACCUUGGCUGGAGGUGGAUCCAUGAACCCAAAGGCUACAAUGCGAACUUCUGCGCCGGGGCUUGCCCAUAUCUGUGGAGCGCCGACACCCAGCAUUCCAAGGUCUUAGGCCUGUACAACACCAUUAAUCCUGAAGCAUCGGCGUCACCCUGCUGUGUCUCCCAGGACCUGGAGCCUCUCACCAUCCUCUACUACAUUGGCAAGACCCCCAAAAUAGAGCAGCUCUCCAAUAUGAUCGUCAAGUCCUGCAAGUGCAGCUAGGAGUCAUUACAAGCCAGCACAAACACUCUCCUGUCCUUCACACAAACACACACUUGGGCAUACAUACAGUCAAACUGCAACCGUACUAUUUCUUACAUGCACUAUUAUACAAGCAUAUUCAAUCUCUCCACACAGGCACAAACAUCCAGUGUGGCGUGUUGGAGAAUAUAGGUACAGAACAAGAGUGUGCUAAUGCAACCCACGCAGCAAGACACGCACAGUACAACACAUACACACCACAGGACUAGUGUUGUCACCAUACCAGAAUUUUUACUUCGGUACUGUUGCAGUUAGUAAAGUUGCAGUUACACCUGCAGGAUCUUCUUUGAUCAGUACCAGGGUGGAAAAGUUAAAGGGAUAGUUCAUCCAUUUUGAAAAAUGGCAUAUUUGGAGCAUCCAGCCAAGCACUCAGUAACAAUGAGAGGAACAUAGCACAGCUACUGUCCUGCAUAAUAGUUAGGGGGUAAGUGAAAUAAUAUAAUUUUUUCCCAAAUGAGUGAACUAUCCCUUUAGCUUUGUGGCAUUUUUGAAUUUGGUUCAUUCAGGUUCACACUGCCCAGCUACUAGUGAGCCAAGGCUUUUAAACAAAAGCCAUAUGGACUCAAAAGUAGCUUGUUUAUUGGACAUCAUUUUGUCAUCUUGGCAGGUUAAAGAGUUUGAGGGGUGGGGGUCAAAAUAAAUUCAAUUCCAGUCUCUGAAAUGUUAGUGCUUGUUGUUGGUGCUUGUUGUUGGUGCUUGUUGUUGGUGCUUGUUUGCACUCUUUUGUUGUACUUUACCUUCGCUGGUGCUCAUACCACAUGAAGAGCACAUGAAGAAACAGCUGAAUACGGGCAGCAGGCCAGUCUUCAUUUUGUUAUGCUCGGCUUUCCAAGUAUGAGGAUCUGCUGGCUAUCAGAUGUCGACAUCUGUCUCUUUAUACCCAUAAACCCUUGCAUUUUGGGGCUGUUCCUGUCACUGGGUUGGAUUACAUUCUCACUCCUAACUGACUACACCACAGUUUUCUUGGAAGAAGACCAAGGGCAAAAUAUUUUCAGGCGUCUCGGUGCAGCUAUUUGGUGGCACCAGAGGUUGAGCGGCCUUGUCCCCACUUGGCCAAGGAAACCGAACCGAAGGAGAAAAAUUUUGAUUAUUGUGACAACACUAUACAGGACACAUAAUGGUACAUAUAACAUACACAAAACACACACACGCACACAUACACACUCAAAGUGACGCAGGUAUGGCUUUUGUACAGGCAUGUCUGGUUUUUGUUUUUUUUGUUUUUUUGUUGUUUUGUUUUUUUGCAUUUCGAAGGCCCUGUCAACAUGCAUCACCUCACACACUUGUCACACAAAGACGCGAGAGUACAGCAAACACUGGAAGUAUAAGUGAUAAGUGUCUAUAUGUGAAAUAAGUCCUGAAAGUCAAAUAGCCUUCGCCUCAUUACUCCCCCUACUUCACCACCCCUCUAGGCACCCCGUUCCUGGUUUCAGCAUUUGAAUCUCGCCACGUCCUCCUCUCUGUGUUUUGUCUUCGUUUUGUAUCCUUUACCAUGUUUUAUUUCCAGUAACUGUAUUGCUAUUUAAGGUGUUUUCAUGGUUAAUGAUUCGGCACCCAGCGAUUGGAUAGCGUCGACCUCCCACUGGUGAUGUAAUGAUGAUAAUGUCCAGUCCUAAUUGCAGUUUACAGUGUCAUUUCCAUUAAAUGCUUGAAAGAAAGAAAGAUAUCAGAGCAGGCAAAGGUCAGGUAAAAGGUAGUUACUGUCAUCCACAAAUUCAUGCUCACAUAUUUAGAAACAACCCGUAGAGUAAUUUUUUUUUUUUUCGCAGGCAGAAUUGCAGUCACUGAACAGCUCGUUUUGUGUCUUUACAUUUGGCUCUGCUUAGCUUUUGCACUGACUCACACCCUGCUUAAGCCCAAGCCAUGAUGAAUUGUGACCAAUUAGCUUUCCACACUUACAGGAAAAGAAAAGAGCAAAAGAAGCGAUGAAAUUUUGUGAACUUGAGAAUAACAGUGAUGUCAUCUCAUGCGCUCACCACAUCCAGAAGUUCAGUUGAUAACCAACUGUGAAAGGUCUGAGUUCAGAGAGGAAAUGUUGUCUUUUGUUAAGUGUUGAUAUGGCUGUGUUUGGGUACUUAGUGUGUUGAGGGAUUAUCGAAGGUUGUAAUGGAGAGUGCAUAUGACCUUAGUUUUAAUUUUUAAAAAAAUGCUCUUAAAGCCAGGAAUAUUACCGUUAUUAUCCAAUGAAGCUGGUCAAGUCUGUCAACUCUGUGUCUGUGGUUGUUGCUGUAGUAGUUUAUUGCCAUCAGUGUGUCGUCUUCAUGCCAACAUGAACCUUUCUUUGUACCCAUUAACUUCACACAAAAGUGUAAAAGCUGUCUGCCAGUCAUUGCCUUUUUUGUUUCCUUAAUUAAUUGCACUGAUGCUAUUUUAAUGUUGCUUUUUUAAAUAUCUUUUUUUUUUUUUAGUUAGUCAUCGCCCCACCCUUCCCCUUAUCAAAUGAGGAGUUUUAAUGUAGGUGACCUGACCCCGGCCCCUUUGGGCACAAGCGCCAGUGGAUUUCCUGAAUAGCAGGGAAAGAGAGCGAGGCACCAACUUUGUCACGAUAGAGCUGUUAUUUUUGAUGUUCAUUUGUUGUUGUUUAUGAUGAUGAUGAUGUUGUUGUUGACCCACUAUGAUGUAUCGUAACACAGUAUUGUUGUGGUGCUCUGGUGGUAAAUAAAUUAUUUA